AUGUCCUUCUUCGAAUACCCCCCGAAACCGAAGACAGCCCUAGGCUAUCAUCGCAUCCUCUCUCCCAAUGCAUCCGUCAAAGUCUCCCCAAUCUGUCUGGGAGGCAUCGGCAUCGGCCACUCCUGGAGCACCAUCUUCGGCAAGAACGAGGACCCUUUCAAGCUUCUCGACACGUACUACGACCUCGGCGGCAACUUCAUCGACACCUCGAACAUUUACAACUCGGAGGACUCUGAGAGACUCAUCGGAGAAUGGAUGGAGAAGCGCGGCGUAAGAGACCAGAUGGUCGUCGCUACGAAGUACACCGCAGGUUUCCGUUCGUACAACCGCGAGAAGGAGCCUUUGCAGAGCAACUUCACGGGCAACUCGGUCAAGAGCAUGCACAUCUCUGUGCGAGAGAGCUUGGAGAAGUUGAGAACGGACUACAUCGAUAUUCUAUACGUACAUUGGUGGGACUGGGCGACUUCGGUAGAGGAGGUCAUGAGGGGUCUUCACGCCCAUGUUAUGGCGAAGGAGGUGCUCUACCUCGGAGUGUCCAACACGCCAGCUUGGGUCGUCAUGAAAGCUAAUUCAUAUGCCCGGGCAAACGGUCUCACUGCCUUCUCGGUCUACCAGGGAAGAUGGAACGCCGGAUUCCGCGAUAUGGAAGCAGAAAUCAUCCCCAUGUGCCAAGACCAAGGCAUGGCAGUCGUGCCUUGGGCAGCCUUAGGUGGCGGCAAGUUUUUGACUGCGACAGAGCGUGCAGAACGGGACAAGGAUCCAGACGCUCGGAAGUCAUCUCAUGGACAAGAAGUGCCAGUAGAGCUUUGCGAGACGAUGGAAAAGCUUGCGAAACAGAAGGACACGAACCUGCGAUCCAUCGCUCUUGCAUACCUGUUCCAUCAGUCUCCAUACGUCUUCCCCAUCGUCGGCGUCAACACCGUCGCCCACGUCGAAGCCAUCCCGGAGGCGAUCGGUGUCGAGUUGUCCAAAGAAGACAUUGACCUCAUUCACGAGGCUUCGCCCUUCAACCCGGGUUUCCCCAUGAACUUUGCUUUUGGAUACAUGACGCCUGAGAAGUAUGAUUUGAGUCUCACGGCAGGCGACAACCAGCAGUAUCGCAUCGCAGCGUGGAUAGACGCCCCUCCAAAGCCGUUGGUGAGUUUAUGA